AUAUGGGCGUUCCAAAGUUUUAUCGUUGGGUAUCAGAACGUUAUCCAUUAACUAUACAUAAAGUAGUUCCUUCUGUAGUACCAGACGUGGAUAACUUUUAUUUGGAUGCCAACGGAAUAUUACACAAUUGUGCUCGACCAAAGGAUAGUCAGGAACCCUUUCCUUGUCAAUAUCCUUCAGAAGAAGAAAUAUUUCUGGAAACUUUCAAUUAUAUCGAUAUGUUAUUUUCGAUGGUACGUCCCAAAAGAUUGGUUUAUAUUGCGAUAGACGGUGUUGCACCUCGAGCCAAGAUGAACCAACAACGAGCCAGAAGGUUUCGAACUGCCAAGGAUCGAGCACAAGAAAUGGAAAACCGAAUCAAACAAGGAAAGCCCGUUCCUCAACGUUUUUUUGAUUCCAAUUGUAUUACUCCAGGCACUCAUUUUAUGGCCAGCUUUUCCGAAGCGUUGGAAUAUUUAGUUCAUAAGAAAAUAACUGAAGACAAGUCUUGGGCUACUGUGGAAGUUAUUCUUUCUACUACCAACGUUCCAGGAGAAGGAGAGCAUAAAAUCAUAGAGUAUAUACGUCGUAAAAAGCUAAGUGGAGAAUGGGAAGCCAAUCUAUCUCACUGUCUGUAUGGUUUGGACGCAGACUUGAUCAUGCUUUCCUUAGUGACUCAUGAACCACACUUUAUUCUUUUAAGAGAACAAACUGAUCUGUCCAAGUUAUUUGUUUCCAAAAAAGGAAAUUUAGCAGUAGAAGCAACUCCAUUGGAUCGCUGUAUUUCAGGAGAGUUUGAAUUCUUUUCCAUCGGAGUGUUGAGAGAAUAUCUGGAUAGUGAAUUUUGUACACUUCCUAUUACUUUUUACAAUUUAGAGAAUUGUAUUCAUGAUUUUAUUUUUAUGUGUUUUCUAGUUGGAAACGAUUUUUUGCCUCAACUACCCACCUUGAAUAUUGCGGAAGGAGCUUUGGAUACUAUGUUGACUUUAUAUAAGAAAUUGUUACCUUUAUUUGGUGGUUAUUUAAUUGAAAAUGGAAAUAUUGUUUUGGAGAGAUUGGAAAUAUUUCUUUCCAAAUUGGGUUUAUUGGAAAGGUUGAUUGUGAAUAGAAGACUCGAGGCAAUUGCUCAGUCCAAAGGAAGAGCACCUCGAAUGGUGGAUAUUGGAACUAGUCACGAUGAUAUAUGGGGUUUAGGAAAUGAUUGUAACGAGAAUACAGAAGAAACUGGUAUAGAGCCCUGGACAAAAGAAGACAUUGAGCAAGCAUUGAAUGAAGCAUAUGUGGCUUCUACGGAUCCUCUUAUGGAAUCUAUAAAGAAAAGUUAUUAUCGAGACAAGUUAAACAUGGAUUUGGAAGACAAGGAUAGUUUAGAAAAGCUCAAGUUUACAUAUCUUAAAGGAUUGUUAUGGACAUGGAAAUAUUAUUAUAGUGGUUGUCCCAGUUGGAGAUGGUUUUAUCCUUAUCAUUAUGCUCCAAUGGCUUCCGAUUUGGUUGGUUUAACUGGGGUAACAAAUAUUUGUGACUUUAGUGCCAGUGAACCUUUUUUGCCAUUUCAACAACUUUUGGCUGUGUUACCUCCUCAAAGUGCUUGGUGUUUACCAACUGCUUUACAAAAGUUGAUGAAUGACAAAUCAUCACCUAUUUUUCGAUUUUAUCCAUCAGACUUUGAAGUGGAUAUGGAUGGAAAGAGAAAUGCAUGGGAAGGUGUAAUCAAACUUCCAUUUGUAGAUGAAAGUCUUCUUUUGGAAGCCUACCAUUCCAUACCAAAUGAGUUAUUCUCUGAAGAAGAAAGGAAUCGAAACGCUUGUCGACAAACUAUGAUUUAUCGACGUCAUCAAAUGAAUGAAAACGUAAAGUACAUUAAAAGGAAGAUACGUUCACCAUUUCCUAAUCAUUUACGUGACAUUGAAGAGACAGCUGCGAUUUGUGAACCUUUGAGUCUUCCAGUGGUCGAUGGUCAUCAUGAUGGGUUUGAACCUCAUCUCUUUCCUGGAACGUCCAUAGGUGCUUCUUCUCCCGGUAACUAUCCUACAUUGAAAAGCUUAUCCUUUUCCAUUUAUUAUGCCAAGAUUGGUGUAAAUGUGUUUGGUAUUCCAAGUAAACGAGAAAGCGUGAUUAUCCAACCACAGACCAAUCAUAAUCAAGGAUCCACGACCACUUUUAUGAAUGUGGUAAAUGGACAGUCUUUUUUUUCACCAGGAAAGAGAGUUUUGGUAGAAUAUCCUUGGCGUUGUGAGGCAUUGGUGUGGUCUGUGAUAAAUUGUACGGGUGAAAAGGUUUCUAAACAACCGGGAACAUCGGAGCUUUUCAUUCAUGAAACUGUUGAUCCCAACUUUUUCAUUGUGCAAUUGGAACAGUUUAGAAAGCAAGCUUUGAGUAGAAAUGCUUUAGAUAUUGGAGAAGUUCAAUAUAUGGUUGGUGUUCAUCUUUGUGAUAAAAGAGACCCUACUUCUGGUGCCAUUGUUUCUUAUUGUAACGAAGAUAUUUGGUUACCUGUUUCUGUCAUUGUACCUAUUGAACUUUCCACUAGAAUGAAAAGGAAACAAGGUUAUAUAACAUCUACCAUUUCGGAGUUGAACAGAGGUGAUCGAGUUGUCUACAUUGGUAAAGGUCCACAUUUUGGAAGAACAGCUUUGGUAGUAAGUCAUAUCAAGAGACCCAAGAAUGACUCUGAGUUUUAUUCAGACUGGGUGAAAAUCAAAUUCUUAAACCAAAAAACUGUAGAAUGGGAUGAUAGUAAGAUCAUAACGAACAAAGAUGAACAAGUCACUUGGUUUUCAUUAUCUAAUACUGCAGAGUUAUUGAAGAGUACAACAUAUGCUGUAUCGAGGAUCACAAGCUCCGUGUUUGUCAAGUCUUCCAAGUCCAAUGACCGACCUGAAGAUAUUGGACUUCGUUUGAAAUUUGUAUCAAAGAGUCUUUAUGUUCCCGGUUAUUGUCGAUUACUGACGUCGUCCAACUCUUAUGAAUUUUCUUAUUCAGCCAUACAAGUUCUAUUGGAAUACAAACAGAAAUUUCCACAAGUGUUUGACAUUCUUGACAACACUUUUCACGAUUCUUCUCUUCAGAAUGUUGGCUCCAAAUACAUCGAUAUGGGAGUGAAUAGCGAAAUUGUGGUAACUCGUAUCAAGGAAUGGCUCAAAUCUCUCGAACUUGCCAAGUUACCACUACUACACAGCAGCAGUGAAGUGAUGUCUAAGGAAGAGAUUGCGAAUGUAGAACAAAAGCUCAAACGUGAUCAAGUACAGUCGCUAGAUGAACAAUUUUUAGUAGUUCCCAGAGAACUUUUGCUUUUUGGAGAUGAACAUGAGAAGCAACGUAAUAAGACCAAUCUUGCAGGUAUACAGAGUUUGAAGGAGAAUGUUUGUUUGAAAGACAGAGUUGUCAAUAUUUCAGCCACUGGACCUGUACCUUUUGGUUUUCAUGGUACUGUGGUUGGCAUACAUGGAACGGAAUUGGAGGUUGUAUUUGAUGAACCCUUUCCUGCAGGUACUGAUCUUCAUCAUCGAUGUCCAGCAUAUCGAGGAAAGACGUUAAGUAGAAAUACUGUAUUGAAAUUGCAUAACAGCGAGAAACCUUUGAAGAGCAAUUCAUCAGACUUUUCAUAUUCCAAAAUAUCUUCUCAUUCUGGUCAUGACAAGAUGUUGAGGAAUCAACGCUCAAAGAGAACAAUGAAUGUUCAGACGCCUACAAAGCCACUUUUUUUGGAUUCUUUCAAACACUCUUUACAUUCCAAACCAAAGAAACAGUCCAAGGCCGACUCAUGGAUUGAAUCUCAAUUGACACAUCGUUUAUCCCAACUUUUGAAUGAUUCUUCGGUUCAGAAUGAAUCCCAACUAGAGGAGGAACGUGAUUCCAGAAAGAAGAUGACAACUCCAGAUAAUGGAGACCCUGUUCAGAUCUGGGAACAACUUCAAGAAAGAGAACACCAAACAUUCCAAUUCAAGAACAAGUUGAAUGCGAAAUCUCCGCCAUAUAAAAAGUCCUAUCAACGAGUCUACACUUGGCGACGUGUAAAACAACCAUCAUCGAUAGAAGAAAAGAAGGAUUCGUAAGCUAAAUUGGACUUGUGUGAAAUU